AGUACUAGCUGUGUACCGUACUGCAAUAAAAAAAAAAGAAACACGAGAUGUCAGCUGACUGAACCUCCGGCUCCAGCGCGCAUCAUCAGUGUGGACUGUGGUGGAAAUUGAUGACAUUUUUAGCAAAUAAAGGAAGUUGGGAGUACCACCAUCAUGUCUCGAGCUCCUAAAGAGACCUUGCGGCAGCGAAUGCAAGGUUUCUUUGGCAUUCGGGGACAGAAGGGAGCCAGCCCUGGAGAUGGACAAGUCAAGAAAGGAGAGUUCUUCAUUACCCCUUCGCUCAAGAAGGAAUUGAGUCGAGAGAGCCCUAUGAAUGUCCGGAUGAAAGCCAUCAAUCACCUAAGCACCCUUGUUGGAGAAAAGAAGUUAGAAGAUAAUGGAAUAGAAGCUAUAUGGGUACUUAUAUCAGACCUGCUAGAUGCUCAAGUCAAUGCCGAUCAUCGUCAUCUUGUUCUUCACUUUCUUAAAUGUGUGGUCAUCGGUCAGUCUGAAUUCCUUGGUCCAAUGAGAUAUCAUUUCUUUCAAGUGGUCAAAGGUCACAACAUCUUUGAAGAUCUACCUCAGAGAUUGGAUAUGUUGCGAGCUCUAAGUGAUAAUGGCAAGAAUCUGUUAGAUUUUGAGGAGGAUAUGGGACCGUUUCUUGUGUUGUGGAUGCCAGAUGUCAUCAGCUAUGGAAAAACUGCUGAGUUCCUUCAAGUCUUGGUGAAUGUCAUCAAAUAUAAUUCAUGUUACCUUGAUGAUCAUGUCAUUGCAGGCCUAGUUCAACAUACGUGUUCCAUCUGUAGUAGGACAGAGAAAGAGAAAGAUAUAGAACAAGCCCUUCACGUCUUGGAUGCUGUUAUCUGCUAUAGCUGCCUGCCCAGCGAGUCUUUAUAUCACUUCAUCACUGCCCUCUGUAGGACCGUCAGUGUCAAGCGAUUCUGCCAGUCUAGUUGGAAGUUAAUGCGUAAUCUUCUAGGCACCCAUCUAGGGCACAGUGCCAUCUAUACUAUGUGUUGUAUAAUGGAGGACAGUCAUAACAUCAGUGAUGUGGUUCUGCUUCGGGGAGCAGUGUUCUUUGUUGGUAUGGCACGCUGGGGCUCCAUGAAGGUACAGUCUCUACGUCACAUCAACUUCACUUCAGUCCUACCGUCAUUUGAGAGGGCCCUGACAUGUAAGCAUGUCUUGGUAGCAUAUGAAGUGACCAUUUCCCUUCAGAGAUUGGUCAAAAAGAAUGGCAUGGACAUCCAAGCAAUCACUUGGGACAUCAUCUUAGGAAUCAUAGAAAAGCUCUUCAGGAAUAUUGAGGAAUACGCAGUGAAUCAUGAGUACCUCCCUACCCAGCUCCACGAUCUUCUGACGAUGGUGGAGAAACUUUACGAGAGGAACAAAUUCAAUGGAUCGCAGCAACAACUUUUUGCCAUAGUGGAAGAGUUUGCACGGUUGAGGCCUGAUAGUUCUGUUCUGUGUCUCAUAAGCUACAGAGCUCUGGCCAUUCAUCCAACCAAAGAGAAUUGGAUCCCAAACCUUCUGAAGCUCCUUGAUCGUUACUUCAGGUCUGAGAGUCGUACGGUCAUCAGGGAGGCUGCUCUCAAUGUCUUAUCCUCUACACUUCACUCCAGCGGAAGUCUUUAUGAGGAUGACCUGAUUAAAAUGGUAGCUCUCCCACAGCUGAAGUCCAUCUGUGAUGACCGGGACCCGGUGGUCAGAAACUGUGCGGUCAAGCUGCUGAUGGACUCAGCCAAGGUCUGUCAAAGUCCUUUUUGUCUGGACAUACUGGACAUCAUAGAGAAGGUUGUAAUGAAGACCAUGCAUGUGAGAUCACAUGCAGGGGGAGCAGCAUCAGCAGAGUCUCAUCACACGUCACAUCUUACACCCCAUUCAGAAGAGGAAAGAGACUUGGUGGACGUGAUGACGGCCGUCACAGGUCUGCUUGAGCUUUUCAAGAUCAAGAUGUAUCGUGUUCCCUCCUCCCAUGCUGUAUUUGCAUUCGAGUUGCUAGGCAACCACAUGAAGCAGCAAUAUGAAAACAAAUACAACUCUGACAUGGCAAGCAACAUCAGAGCCAAGGUGUUUGAGUUCCUGCUUCAGCUAAGAGCAGAUAGCAUGUGUAGACUGGGCUUUCCAGGAGAGAAUGGAAUCUACAAAUAUAGCCCUCAUAUUCUAUGUGAUUCAAGAUUGGAAACUGAAUUAGCAGGAAAGACGUCUCCACCGGUAUGCAGUUCACCACCUCCAGGUGAAAGGCACCUUAAACCGACAAUCAUCCCUUUCAUCCGAGCAUUUAAAAUCGUCACAACAUGCUUGAGAGAGGAGACCCAUUGGAAGGUUCUAUCACUGGUCUUGCCCUGUCUGACCAAAGCUCUACAAAACAAGAACCUGGUCCUAGCUGCCAAUGCCAACAUGGAGAACCUCUGUGUAGUCCUUUGUUCCAUGGUGGAAGACAGAAGUCACAUAAAUCGUUUACAGCGUUCUGAAGGAUUCAACCGAAUUGAUUUCUAUACCGGUAUAUACAGUGCCCUGACUGCUCUGGUGCCAUACCAUACGCUGCUUGAUCAACAGAAGAAGGUGUUCCUGAUCAAGUGCUUUGAAGCCGGCCUGAAGCUGAAGUGUGCCCAGCAGUGCGUGGAUGGUUUGACCUUGUGUGUCAUUGAGAUGCAGGACACCAUGUUGAAGGUAUUGCCUUCUAUCAUCCUAGUCAUGUCUCAGAUGUCUGCUACUGCAACCAUGGCUAUCCCUGUCUUGGAGUUCCUUUCAAGUUUAAUCUGGUUUCCUCAGCUGUAUGCGAACUUUGUUGAGAGCGAAUACAUGAGUAUCUUUGCGGUGGCGCUUCAUUACACCAACCCAUUCAAGUUUUCCUUAUAUGUUGUAUCGCUUGCCCACCAUGUGAUUGCUAUGUGGUUCAUCAAAUGCCGUCUUCCAUUCAGGAGAGAGUUUGUAAAUUGUAUCACAAGGGGUCUUCAAGCGAAUGCCCUGAGACCUGUCCCAGACUUUGAGGGUAGCAGCUCUCCACCGAUCAUCGUCAAGCUUAGGAGAAGCAGCAGUCUUACAGAUAAAACCAACAAGAAUGAUCAAGGCAAAGGAAGGGGUGAUGAAGGAAGCAAUUCAAAGUCAGUCUCAACAGAAGAAGCUUUGGAUAUGCUGAACAAACUCCUAACCCAGACAUGCUUAGAUAUGAUGGCUAGGUAUACCUACUCUACAUUAGCCACCUAUCCAAAGAGAUCACCCGUUUCAGAGUUCCUCUUGGCUGGAGGUCAAAGUCAGAGCUGGCUUGUCGGAAACAAGGUCAUCACUGUCACGACUAGCGGAGGCAGCACCCGUCUGCAGCGCAACGGGGUGUGCGAGAAGUGCAACUCCCUGAUCCAGCAGUACAUAGAGACGACCUCCACGGCAUCCCAGGACAAGGCGGAGGAAGGGGCGGAGACGUGGACGCAGAAGGUGGCCGAUGAGAAGGUCGACAAGGAGCAGAAGCAACCGAGUUCACCGUCGGGUACAGGGUUCGGAAGGCUCAAGAGACAGAGAUCAAAGUCUGGUAACACACAGCGGGUAGACAGCAGUGGCAACGCACUGCAAAAAAAGGCCACCCGAACAGAGGACCAAGAAGAAGUGAAGCAUCUGACACUCUUCAGCUCUGUGACCCAAGAGGUCACGAGCAGCGGGUUGGACACAUCUCACGGGUCAUCGGCUGAAAGUCUCAAGGGAAGUGAUGGUAGUCUCUCCUCUACAAGAACUGGUUUGAAGGUCUCGUUUACAGGUGAUAAAGGUCAAGGUUCAAAGGUGAAUCCGUCAGCAGCAGCUGCUGGAAAUAAGCCACCAUCCAAGGUGAUGUUUUCAGGUGUCCCUGAUGUCAGCCAGGGAUCAAAGACAACAGCCGGUGCCUUUGAGACAUCUCAUGGACCAUCGUCUGAAGGGAAGAAAACGGGUGAUGGCCUGUCUGAAUCGGGACAUUCCAAGAAGGAAGACAGCAGUCAUCCAUCAAAGGUGACUUCCAAGGUUAUGUUUGCGGCUGAUAAAGGCCAGGGUUCAAAAGCACAUCAGAAAGAAACCGGUACUUGCCCCCCAGGGUCAGUCAAGCCAGUGUCUAUUACACAGGGAGGUUCUGAUACCAGUCAGGGGUCAAAGGUCAAUCAGACAGGAAAUGGGAUGGCGGACAGUGGAGAUCAGUUGACCUUCAAGCCGCGGUACUCCUCCCGCGUCUCCUCCGCCUCCAUCUACCAAUGCAACUGCUGGUGUCAGGGGUGGGCAGAGAUCCAUGUCAGACGUCCGACGGGAAACACCUCCUGGAUCAUGCGCAUCCAGAACGGUGGCGCCCUUGUCCCGUCCUCACACGAGUUCCCUCUUGCCGAUAUCUCAGCGUUGCUCCUGCGGAACAGAGACCUGGACAUUGAUGCAGACAUGGUGAUGCCUGAUGAUAGUGGGUCCGAGGAUGAGAUGUGUUCUCUGGAUGAAGAGGAAGAAGAGGAGGAGGGGGAUAUCCAUGAUGGCAAGCAGAGCAUCGGUCAUGGAGCCUUGUUGGAUUUCAGCAGCCCCUCAUUUAAUGAUGAGGAGGAUCUUUUUUCUGAUAUUCUUUGUCUGCAAUCUGACAUGGAUUCGUUGAGCUUUCCUAGAACCGAGAUGGGGCUGUCUCCCAUGACCCCAAGUUUCCUCCAGGAUUACAGUGCCAUGAGGAAGAGAGAACUGGGGGAGAAAAGGGAUUCUUCGUACAGGGAAUUGCUAAAGGAGUUUGAUGAAAAGCCAGACGACCUUGAAAAUGUGGGUACCUCGCCCAAGCUUAGGUUGAUGAGAUCCAACUCUUCACCUGCCCUGAUCAAGAUGGGGGAGCCCGCCAACCUACCAACCCUCUCCCCUCGCUCAGUGGCACGAUCCUUCCUGGAAGAUACAGCCCAGAAGCCAGGGUCCUACAAAGACCCUUCGUUCCUCUCCAAGCGCUACUCUCAGGAAGUGCCACCAGACCUCUGGCCAUCCGCCGGAGAAGAGAAGACUGACCAAGGCGGGGACCAGGUGGAUGGACUCCUGCAGACGAGUGGGUCAUCAGAGUUUGUGGACAUCAGCUAUAAGGACAUUGAGGUUGAAGAGACGUCUACAAAGGCCGCACCAACGUCAGCAUCAUCAACUGCUCCGGAAAACCCUGCCACAACUGUUCCAGAUGCUCGUGACAGUACUGUCUCAAAGACUACUGCAGGUGGUGAACAGGAAUCUAAAGUAGAGAAGCCACAAACCUUGCCCGUUGUUCCUCAUUCAGUGAAAGAAGAGAGCAGGCAGCUGUCUAGGAAAAACUUGGAGUACAAUCAACAUUCCUCACGUCCCAGAGGUCACACGGUGUCUAUUAUGGUUCGUCGGGAUAGGCAUAAAGGACAGCAAGGUGAUAGCAGGAGUCGUAGGACCUCAGACACUAAGCAUAGGGGAUCGUUUACCCAACGCGACACCUUCCGCUCUGGUAUAAAUCCAAGCUUUGUAUUCCUUCAGGUAUAUUUCUCUCCAUUGUUUACCGAGGGUGCUGAGAGACCCAUUGCUAUACCCCUCUCACAGGUUGGUCAGAGAGCUGUCAAGGUACUGGACAGGAUACCACCUUAUGACACUCAUAAAAUAGGUGUGGUCUACGUAGGAGAAUCACAGGCCAACGACGAGACAGCUAUCCUGUCUAACGUGUAUGGAUCAGCACGCUACAUGAACUUCCUACGAGGGCUGGGUCAACUGGUGUCACUCAAGGACAUUGACCCUGAUGAGGUGUACACCGGAGGCCUGGAUAGAACCGGUUCUGAUGGCAACUUUACCUACUGGUGGCAGGAUGACAUCAUGCAAGUUAUAUUCCACAUUGCCACUCUGAUGCCUAACAAGGAAUCUGAUCCCAUGUGUAACGGGAAGAAGCUUCACAUUGGCAAUGACUUUGUAUCCAUCGUCUACAAUGAGAGUGGACAGCCUUAUAAACUGGGGACCAUCAAGGGUCAGUUCAACUUUGCUGAGAUUGUUGUAGAGCCUUUAGACAAUGAUAGCAAUCUAGUCUCCAUACAAGCUAAACCAGAGUUGGAGCAUAUGUUAGGUAGACGAGGCCCCUGGAUGGUGUCUGAUCAACGAGCGGCUCUCCUUAUCAGACAGAUGGCUCUUCAUGCCAAUUUGGCCUCUCAGAUCCACCGUAGCCGUCCAGCCGAAGCCUACUGCUCCAACUGGCUUGAGAGACUGCGGCACAUCAUACGCAUUCAGGACAAAGUCAGCCACAUGGGGGCGCCCUCUAACCCCAUGAUGAACGUCAUGUCGUCCCGCUAUCUUCAGACACCGGAGAAGAAGUCAAACGGGCAGACCAAAACAGCUAAAAUCAGUGACUUCACAGACUAUGCAUAGUGCAGAGAUAAUAAUAAUGAUAAUGAUAAUUGAGGCAUAGUUCUUUUUGCAGUUUACAAUUAUGAAUAAACAAAAUAUGAAUAUACCAAAAGACAGUAAAAUCAUUUAUGACAAUAACAUACACCAAGUUCUUUUUGCAGUUUACAAUUAUGAAUAAACAAAAUAUGAAUAUACCAAAAGACAGUAAAAUCAUUUAUGACAAUAACAUACACCAAGUUCUUUUUGCAGUUUACAAUUAUGAAUAAACAAAAUAUGAAUGUACCAAAAGACAGUAAAAUCAUUUAUGACAAUAACAUACACCAAAAUAUAUCAUAAACAUACAGUUUAGGUGUUAAACUAUUAUAAUGACAAUAUUCCGCAUUUAUAUAGCGUCCUGAUACAUCCGAAUGUCAUCUUUAUGUGCUUCAGAGAUUUCUUUAGUCUGUUGAACAUUCAAUUUUGACAAUCUUGUACAUCACAAUGCUGAAAACUCACAUUCAGGUGUGUAAGUACAAUAGACAAUAUACUCUGUGUGUUUUGUGAAUGAAAUGUGACUUGAGUCAAAGUUGGGUGCCCCCUGUAUGUGACUCUAUAAAGUUAACAUUUUCAGCUCUAUAAUGAUGUAUCAUUUCAACCAUUGGGUGUUCAUAACACACUUUACAAAGCUAAGACUAUUGCCUACCACAGAAGAUUGCUUUUGACGAAUGAGAGAUCAAAUUUAUUUAAAGCAGCUUGACUCUCCCACUAUUGUGGGUGACAAAAGGAAGUUGAUAACUCCAGAUAGAAACCUUCAUUCUCCACACAUCCUGUUCAUUGUUAUGGACAUAAUGAUAUCAAUUUAAGUGCUUGCCCUGUCUUAAAUUACAGGGAAAUCCCCCAUAAUGAGGCUGCCACCAUCCAGUUCAAUUCGAGAUAAUGUGAGAGAAAUAUAUUGGGUCUUCAGAAAAGAGAACAUAAUUUAUUUUAAUGAAAAUAAUAUAAUGUGUGACUUAAUGUUGGACUGAUAGCUCCAUAUAUUACGAAUUGGUACAGUUACAAUAUUCUACAUUAAAUACACAAACAUGUAGACACUGGGUGUACUUGUUUUCAGAAAAUAUUCUUUACAAAAAAUAACUUUUACAAUGAUAAGGAAAAAAAGUUUAACUUUUCAGAAAAUGCCUUGCAACACAGCCCAGGGAAUCUAGUUUCUAAGUAUUUUGUUCAUAAAUUGCAAUACUUGAUAGUUUUCAUCUCUUAAUUUGCUAGUAUUGUAUGUUUUCCUGCUAAAUACAACAAUAGUGAUGAUAUUGAUGAUCAUUAUAAUGUUAUUAAUAAUGAUGAUUAUUACAAGGAAACUGAUAGAAAUGGGGAUUUUGAUAUUACGAAAAAAAAGAUAAUAGAAAAAUGUGUCACAUAGUAUGAGGGUAACCGGCCGUAGAUAUCCACAAAAUUCCAUAGCUUAGUGUAAUUUGUACAUUCUUUCAUAUUUGAGUCUCUGGCAGUUGAGUGUGGAAUACAGUACUAUAACAUUUCUACAAUUGGGAGUUGUUUGGUUUUCAUUUUCAUCUCAAUUUAUGUGCAAAUCUAGGAUCUACCCCUACUGACUCUAUUGAAAUACAGAAUGUACUUUUUGAAAAUCUGACCAACCAAUUUAUAAAAAUAGCACUUACAUGUGUUUGUUUACAUGACUUUGGACAGAUGUCUAUUUCAUUAAUAAGUACACUCUGUGUGUAAAAUCAUUCAUGUAAUAGGUGGAUAUCAUAUCAAUAUUUUGUGUGAUAGCGUUUGUUGAGGGAGAAUGAGAUAUUCUUUAUUUGUUUUUAAGCAAGUGAAGAUUGCUUCCAAAAAUUUUUUUUUUUGUUUAAUACUCCUUUUUGUCUAUUUUUGUAUUGUUUUAUUAAACAAAGGCAUUAAAUGAUAUAUUUUGUGUUCAAUGUGAGAAUGAAAAAGAGACACAAAAUCUCAAUUUUGUAAGAAUUGUUUUAUUUUUUUCAAAAUUUUCUUUUUGAAUGAACUGUGCAUAGGUUCUGGAGCAAACCAAAUGUUUAUUGUUACUUUUGUUAACCUUUGUUAUUGUGCAAUAUUAUAAAUUUUGAAUAAUUAUAUUUUGAAUCAUCUUUGGGGAUUUGGUUGCUUUUCAUCUAGAUUCCAAGACUAAACUGUUGUGACAGUCUGAUGUAAGAUUAAACAUGUUAAACAUG